AUGCCCGCGGAGGCCGAGCGACCCAACGUCGCCUGCGACGCCUGCGCGUGCGGGCAGCUCGCCAAUAAAGACGUGGAGGACGCGGGCCCCCCGGAGUACGACGACUUCGCCUGGCAGCCGCUGUUCGAGCAGGCGUUGCCCGUGGACGUGCCGUGGACCCGGCUGCCCGAGCUAGAGAGCGGAGUCAAGGUCAUGUCGCUGCAGGCGCCGGCCGGCGGCGCGCGCGAGGUCGUCAGCGUGGAGCCGUGGGUGCUUCGACGGCUCGCGGAGCGGGCCAUCGGCGACGUCGAGCAUUACCUGCGGCCCGGUCACUUGGCGCAGCUGGCCAAGAUCGUGUCCGACCCCGAGGCGUCCGACAACGACAAGUUCACCGCCCAGAACUUGUUGCAGAACGCCGUGAUCGCUGCAAGGGGUGUCCUGCCAGGUUGUCAGGAUACUGGUACUGCGAUCAUUUUGGGCAAGAAGGGUCAGUUCGUCUGGACGGACGAAGAAGACGAGAAACAUUUGUCCCAUGGCGUUUACGAUGCAUACACCAAGCGUAAUCUGCGGUACUCGCAGGUCUCGCCCGUCUCCAUGUUUGCAGAGAAGAACACAAAGUGUAAUUUGCCUGCCCAGCUCGACUUAUACGCCGUGAAGGGAAACGAGUACAAGUUCAUGUUCAUGGCAAAGGGCGGUGGCUCUGCCAACAAGACCUACCUGUAUCAGCAGACGAAGGCGCUGCUAAACCCAAAGAAGUUGGAGGAGUUCAUCGCUGAGAAGGUGGUCACCCUCGGCACUUCGGCCUGCCCGCCGUACCACCUGGCCAUCGUGAUCGGCGGCCUCUCGGCGGAGCUGUGCCUCAAGACGGUGAAGCUCGCGUCUGCGCGCUAUCUUGACGAUUUGCCCACCACUGGCAACGAGCACGGGCGCGCAUACCGUGACAUCAAGUGGGAGGAGAAGGUUCUGACGAUGUGCCAUGGACUUGGCAUUGGGGCUCAAUUCGGCGGCAAGUACUUCGUGCACGACGUGAGAGUGGUCCGCUUGCCGCGCCACGGUGCGUCGUGUCCAGUGGGCAUCGGUGUGUCCUGCAGCGCGGAUAGGCAGGUCCUGGCCAAGAUCACGGACCACGGCGUCUUCAUCGAGGAGCUGGAGAAGAACCCGGGGCGCUUCCUCACCAGCGAACCCUCGGCUGGACUUUCGACCUCCGCGGAGUCGGUGAGCAUCAGCUUGAAUCAACCGAUGCAGGGCAUCCUCGGUGUCCUCACACGGUUCCCGAUCAAGACCCGAUUGUCACUGACUGGUCCCAUUAUUGUCGCGCGAGAUAUCGCGCACGCGAAGUUGGCCGAGCGCCUCGAGACACAAGGGAUCUUGCCCGACUACAUGGCGGCUCACGUGAUCUACUACGCAGGCCCAGCAAAGACGCCAGCGGGGUACGCGAGUGGCAGCUUCGGCCCCACCACCGCAGGCCGCAUGGACACAUACGUGCCCCUGUUCCAGGAGCGAGGCUACUCGAUGGUCACGCUGGCCAAAGGCAACCGCGCCAAAGGCGUCACGGAUUCUUGCCAUAAGCAUGGCGGAUUCUACCUUGGGAGUGUCGGGGGCGCAGCGGCCAAUCUCGCGGAGAACGCGAUCAAGAAGGUAGAGGUUGUGGAGUACGAAGAGUUGGGCAUGGAGGCGGUGUGGCGCAUCGAGGUCGAGGAUUUCCCUGCUUUCAUUGUCGUGGACGACAAAGGCAACGACUUCUUCGCCGAAUGGAAGAUGUGA